AGAAUAACAACAACAACCGAACAACAACAACUAAAAGAACAGUCUGUCCUUAACUUAAGUCAAAUGUCAAAGUGGAGAUUCGCUGCUGUUAAAGAUCUUUAAUGAAUGGACGAAAUCACACACAUCAUUUCAUUACCUUGCUGAUGCACAAUGGUUAAUUGCAAGAAAGAUGUCACCUUACCACCACAGUUUUAGAGUUGGCUACUGCUGUAUACAAAGGAGAUGGUUCGUUAAGAAGAUAACGUCAUUUAACCUCCGGGACAGUGACUCUGUGGACAUACUGCGACAGAAAUUAAAGUUGUCAUUCAAGGCUAAGAUUGGAGUGGUAUGCAGCUUUAUCCUAGGCAGUGUUCUGUUUGUUACGCACACAGUCUGGUCGUUGAGUGAGAAGUUACGCUUCACCCACGAGGCCCAUGAGGCUGACCGUAGGACCAGGUUCAUCUACAUUGACAAGCCACUGGCUCUAACUAUGGAGGAUAUUUUUCCAGAUACAUUUAGAGGAAAAUUCAAGUAUCACACGGAAAAGUAUGGCAGGAAAGUUCUGCCGUGGGUUCAGUCUAAAUCCAAGGACCCGGCUCUGCUGUUGAACCUCGCUGAGUCCAGGGACCCAGAGAUUCGCAGACUGGGACUGAAGAGUCUUACUGGCGACAAUGACUGGGAAGAUCAUCAGUUCAGGAAGGUUGCACAGGCUUGCUCAAACCGGACAAUGGUCAGUUUGGCAAGAAUUCAAGAGGCUGACAACAGACUCUUCAGACCCAUGCCUUGGCUGCCUCCACCAAAAGCUACCAUUGAAGACGAAUUAAGAGGUCUGUUAUCCAAGCUUCAGAAAGAUAUAACAGACACGGCAAUCCAAAAAUACACGACUAGAGUUUUACCCAAGGAAAAACAGAAAAGUAUUGUAGAGACCGGGCCUUGGAGCUUCGGAGGUACCGCCCUUGAAUAUGCCAGGUCUGCUAGUGACGACUCGGAGGGACAGGUGGAGCUGUUGUUCAUGGAGACCCUAGCCAUACACAGUCAGAUUACAGAUCAACUGGAGAAGAUUGUAGAGAAUGGAGCUUUACAGCUGUUCCAGCGUAUACUCAUGGAAUAUGAGAAAAUACGAGAGUUUAGACCUCUUAUUGCUAGAAUCCUUGCCAACUUGGCACUCAACGUGAAACUUCAUAAGCUGAUCAUCGAAGGAGGUUGGGUGGCAGUGUUACACAAGUGGCUAUCUACAAAGGACACGGCGCUGUUUUUCUACACCACCAGGGCGCUUGCGAACUUAGACCGUGAUAUGAACACGGACAUUGAUGUAGAUGCCAUGUAUGAUGAGGGCAUUUAUCCGGGAUACCCCGUGUUCAGAUCAAGAGAAGUGAAACACAAGGUAAAGGUGGACAUAGUGUUCAUACAUGGCCUGCGUGGCGGACCUUUCAAAACGUGGAGACAGGAGGACCGACGUCACACGGAGACCGGAUUUGUUGUAACCGACGAGUUUAGACGAUCACAUACAUUUUUCUGGCCAAAGGACUGGCUAGCACAUGACUUGAAAGAUGUGCGCAUACUGAACGUGGGCUACGAUACCGAGUUGACCACGUGGAAUCUCAAACAUCCUCUAGAGGCUGAAAAGCGAACUUUAUCGAGCAGAAGUGCAACAUUUAUUGAAAAAUUGAGGAAAGCAGAUAUUGGGUCCCGCCCAGUUAUAUGGGUUGGACAUUCUAUGGGAGGUUUAUUGAUCAAAGACAUACUACGCCUCGCCCAAUCAACCCCAAGGUAUAGAUGUAUCCUUGACAACACUAUUGGUGUAUUGAACUACAGCGUUCCGCACAGGGGAUCAAGUCUGGCCACAUUCUCAAAAAAAUACGGUGUCAAGUAUACUAUAUUUCCGUCCACAGAGGUCUUAGAAUUAGAUAAAGAAAAUGAGACGUUGAAAAGUCUCCUGGAGUUUUUCAACGCCAUCGCUCUACAACGUGGGAUUUCGGUACUGAGUUUUGGGGAGACAGAAAAGACUCAGAUCGGAAUGAAUAUCAAAUUGCAUGUUGUCCCCCCAGAAUCAGCGGAUCCUGGCAUGGGCGACUUUCAUCUAAUAAAAUCAGACCACAUCAACAUCUGUAAGCCUAGAGAUGUUGACAGUGCCUUGUACACUCUCAGUCGAGAUUUCAUGCGGAAGUGUAUACAGAAACAUGAGGACAGACGUAAAAAGAAGAAAAGGAAAAGGACACAAUCUGAUAGAGAAGAAAGCGAAGACUGACAUCGUUAUAUUCCUAAUUAACAUCCCAAGCAGAUUUGUAUUAUUAAUUAGAUGCCAAAAAUGACUUAUCUGGAUUUUAAAGUUAUUGUCCUAACAUUAAGAUUUUCUUAGCAAAGUCUGACAUUGUUUUUAUUGUUAUCUUAAGAUUUUAUGGUCUAAUGGGAUUUUAUUUUCUCUCGGUAACUUCUGAUGUCUGCAUGGAUUUUUAAUUGAUGUAUGGUAAUUAUUGCUUGAUUGGCAAUUGUCGGCUCAUUUACUACUUACAUGUACCCAGAGGAAAUGUACCAAGAGAACAGAAAAUAUACUAACACAUACCCGUCCAAUUUAGACCGAACCCGAGUUUUAUUCCCCCUAAAAUCCGAUGUCGUAAAACCCGCUAUGAAAUACGAAACAAAAUUCUCUUUGAAAAAACAGUUCAUCAAAUAUUUUAUUACUUUAGUAGGAUUAUCGAUAAUAUAGUGUCCAUUUUACAGAAUAUUGAUAUAAUUAUGAACAAAAUAAGUUUGAAAAAAAAGCCAACAACGACCAAUUUAGUGUUAGAAUUCCCGGGUACAUUUCAGUUUAUUUUCUGUACCCAGGGUACAUUUAAGUAUACGUAAAAGUACCCAGGGUAUAUUUAAGUAGUACCCGACCCGACAAUAAUUGAUCGAGCGUAAUUAUUCGUCAUGACCGGACACAAUAAUGCACAUAUCCACCAUGCUCGUAUGUAUAAGUCAAGAUAACAAUUUAAAAUAAUGCUGUUUGGAUAUAUGUAUGGAUGCAUUGACCAAGUUGUUUUUAUUUGUUAUUUAUUUCUUAAAUCAGUGAGUGAUUAAAGUUUUAAGACGUUCA